GCUUCUACAUCAGAACAUUCAGAACUGAAACCAAUAAUUAUUGUAUCUGCUGCGUGACAGUGUUUUUAAGUAACUUCUGGGACACACAUAAAUAUCCAUUCUAAAAAUGAAUAACUCUGCUGCAAAGGUUGGAGAGAUAUUUCGGGAGGCAGGUACAGCUUUUAACAAGCUUUCUGAAAUGACUAUGCUGUUACAUCCUGUUGGUGACUCGCAGCCCGGAGGCAAGUGGACAGAUGAGGAGAUAGAAAUGCUCAGGUCUUGUGUACACCGGUUUGCUGUGGACCUCAAUAAGCUUAGCCAGCAUAUCAAGAAUCGGACUGUAACACAAAUCCGUACUACUCUAAAGAAGAAGGCUUUUGAAGAUGCAGGUAUACCUGUCAGGCAGGUAAGCAGUACAGUGACCAGCCACAGCCAGCCUCCCCAACCGCCUCAGGUGACGCUGAACAUGCUUAACGCCUCGGAGAACGAGGUGGACGUGGAGGGGCUCGGCGGCGACGUCAAGCUGGAGUUCGAGGCCAGCACCGAGGAGGUGGCCACCUGAAACAUGUUUGGCUUUUCCUUCUAUUAAGCAGGAAGGCUUCAAAACGCACCCCAAUAUAGACUGAGUGUGACAAGACAACCUUUAGUGCCAAUCGCGUGAGUCCGCCUCCGUCCU